CAUGAAUAGUAGUUCAAAUUGUGAGUGCUAAGUCAAACUCACAAAUAACUAAGACGAAACCCAACGUCACACGUAUAGAAUUCCCACGUGAUCAAAACAAAUAAAAUGGCGAGCGAUAGCAGAGGAUGUAGACUUCUGUCAGAUUUAAAUAGCGCAUUUAGACGAGAUCCAGAGAUUGAUGAAUAUGACUUCCUACCAGUUCAAGAACCCAAACACAACAGAAGCCCUCUCAUUUUACAGGAGCAUAAGUUGGGAAUUGAGUCAUGGAGCGUCAAGAUUCUAUUUCAGUAUGCUUAUCACAGACUUGUGUCAUGGAGGAAAAACUCGCCUCAAACAAAGUUUUUGGAUCCCAGUGAACUUUGCAGUUUAACUAGAGCUAUUUUGUUAGUGAAUGCAGAUUGUGCUACGGCUUGGAACACUAGAAAGGAGUUGGUAGACAACGGAGACUUACCUGUGACAGAGGACCUAAGAUUUGGAGCCUUGGUUUUAAGGAAACACCCAAAAAGCCCAGAAACAUUUUCACACAGGAAGUGGUUACUUCAUCGAUUUGUAGACAACUGUUUGGCAUCUAGUAUAGGAAGUAAUGCAAGUUCAGGAAGCAAUGCCUGUGAUAGCUUUGUCAAUAUGGAUGCCAUCGACCUAAACAUGGAUGCCUCUUUUAAUGGGAUAGGUUUAGACCAUGGCCCUGACCUUAUACACCAACCAGAUUAUCAUGAACAAAUUAGGAAAGAACUGAAUGUGUGCAAAAAUGCUGCAGAUAAUCACCCUUGUAAUUACAAUGCUUGGAGUCACAGAAUCUGGGUGGUGCAACAUUGCUUUAAUGGUUCAUUACAGAUAGUGUAUGGUGAGCUCCAUUGUACAGAAGAAUGGGUAAAGAAGCAUGUCUCUGAUCACAGCGGAUUUCAUUACAGACAGUUCUUGCUGAAGUGUUUAUCCCAUCAGGCAGAUAAAUUGUCUGAACAAUACUUACUGAAUUACAGGAAUGUUAUACAAAAAGAACUGUUCCUGGUCACAGACCUCAUUAAAUCGUAUCCUGGACAUGAAGCACUCUGGUACCACAGGAGGUAUGUAUUUCAAACAUUAUGUGAGUCAUGUGACAAAGUUGCUAAGGAAACCAUUAAACCAUGCGACCAGUCCCAAGAAAACCAACAGAAGAAAACAAAGUUUGAAAAUGAAAGACAGGUAUUGCUGAUGAAAGAGGUGGACACAGUAUCUAAUAGUGACCUCACAGGACGAGAAAAAUACAAUCAACAGUUGGCCCAGAAAUACAUGGACUGGAUCCAGAAAUACUGCAGGCGAUGAUAUUUUUGCUUUUUAUAUAUUUUGACUUUUCCAAGCACAUCACUUAAUGUCUUGGACUCCUAUUCAGGUUAAUUCAGUAUGAAAUAUGAGAUAGAUUUUUAGCUCACCCAAGCUGAAAGUGAGCUUUUCAGACCAAAAUUUCUCCAUUGUUGUUGUUUUAAGCAUUUUACAUUUUCAACUUCUCCAGAACCACUGAGUCAAUUUCAUCCAAUCUUGGUAUAGCACACCCUUGGGUAAAGCGCAUUCAAAUUGCUUCAAGUAAAGGGUCAUGCUGCCAUUUUUAAGGGAAAUUAAUUAAGAAAUAGAGAAAAUAAGAUGGUUGUUUAAAAUAUCUUCUCAAGAACUACUGAACCAGAAAAGGUCAAACUUGUAUGAACGGUUCCUAACAUAAUAAAGAUUAAAGUGGGUUUUUUUAAAAUUACAUGUAUAAGCCCUGGUGCUGGGGUGGGGCCACAAUAGAGAUUCAAAGUAUUUUUUUCUGAAGAACUGCAUUAGUUAAUAUGCAAGCAUCGACAUAUAGUGUAAGUUCAAGUUUGUUCACGCCUGACCUCUCGAAGCCAGGGCAGAGUUUCAGUAGGGGUUCAAAGUUUUAUAUAGGAAUGUAUAGGAUGAUUAUGUAAAAAUCUUCUUAAGAAAAAUAAGGGUAUGAUUUGUCUAAUGAAUCAUUUAACUUUGUUCACAUCUUGACCCCUGAGUACAUAUUAGGGGUUCAAAGAUUUACAUAGGAAUAUUAAGUCAAUGUAUAUGAAAAUUCUUUAAAAAUAUUCUUAAGAACCAAAUGAGUACAAUUUAUCAAAUCAAUAAGCAAUCAUCCUUGCGUAUAAUAGAUUCAAAUUUGUUCAUACUCCAGCUCCUUGGGCCAGGUUGAGGCAACAAUAAGGACUAGAGUUUUAACAUAUUAAAAGAAUUCUUUAGAAAUCUUUUUCAGAACCAUGCACAGAACACAAUUUGUCACAAUUCCCCCUAGUAAAGUUUGCUCACAUAAUGAUUCCCAGGGGAGGGGGGUUCAGUGUUUUACAUAGGGUUAUAGUAAAAUACUCAAAGUUUGUAUUGGAACAAGUAGGAAAACAUUUAAAAAAUUUCUUCUCAAGAGAGCAUUGGUAGAAUUCAUCAAAUGAAUAUGCAAGGACGUUCAUGUAAUGCAAAUUGUUUAGGUUCAAAUCAUGACCCAUGGGGUCAAGAUAAGGCAAAAUUUUUAUAGUGAUGUAUGAAAUAUGUUUUAAAAAUUCUCUUCUCAAGAAUUUUAUUUCAAGAAGCCAGAGGAUACAGAUAACUUAAUAAUAUGGAAGUGUUCUCAAGCAGUGGGCAUUCAAUUUGUAAAGAAUUUAGUAUUACUGUAUGUACAUACAAUGUACAUAUUAUAUUUCAUAAACUAAAUUAUAGACAUGUUGUGGUCAAAUAGCAGGGCUUGGCAAUUGUUGAGUAGCUAUCAUUAUUCUAAUAAGAUCUUUGUAUGAGCAAGGUGGUGCAGGUGAGCAUUGGGGCCCUUGGGCCUCAUCCAAUGAAUCUCAGAUUUUUCAGUGUGGAUGUUAGCAAACUGAUGAAACAUCAGAAGUAUCCUGUAAAGUAACUUCCUUUAAGUGUUUGAACAUGGUGCACUCGUAUGUAUCAAAGUAAUUUCAGGCAAAAUCGUGAGGUUUGGUAAUGUGCCACAUAGACUGACAGUAUAGGGCAACAAUGGAGAAAGAUGAUAAAAUGUGUCAAUUGCAUUUCUCAUGUUGUCAUUUUCAUAUGACAGUGUUGUCAUUUUCAUAUGACAGUAGAGUUUCUAAAGUUUCUAAGUAAAGUUUUAUGAGUAAUUCAAAUACUAAAUACUCAUGAGAUAUAAUUGCCUAAUGGUUGAUUUCUUAUGUAGCUACAUUUAGUAUAUAAUCAAUAGAAGAAUAAAUGGGUAUGAUUUUCAGUGUUCUACACUGUAAAGAACAAGUGCAGGUAUUCGACCUUUUUAAUUCUCCUUCAGUACAUUUUAUAAAUGCAUAUUUGAAUGUGAUUCUGUGAUAGCGUGUGUGACAUGAAGGAGAACCAGAUUUUUUAAAAAGAUUGUAUCAACGAAACAUGUCUCUUCCAUGUGUAUAUGCAUUUUACUUAUCAAACCUUUUAUUCAUUUAUAAUUCUUUGUUAACUGGGAGUCAAAGUCUUCAAGAGACUGAUAUUAACGCACGCAUGUUGUUGUGUUGUGACAUUGUGCUAAUAAAGAACAAUGUACAUUUAGCCACGAA